UUCAAUUCCUUUUGCUUUUCAUUGUUUCGGGUUGCACUCCAACUUCUCGGCCUCGCUUUCAAAAUAACCGACCAAAACUUUCAUUCACUUGCCAUUCAUUUAUCUAGGCUCUUUUUUAGUCCUCAACGCUCUUUUACCUUUCCCUUCCCGAUUAACUCACUCCGUCGGUCAUCAUGUCGACGCUCCCCAUCACCUCCAUUCUGCAUUCGCUGCAGCACCAACGAAAGUCACUCAAUCAUAGAGCGACUUCUCUGGCUCUCAUCAGCCUUAUCGUUGUGUCAUUUUACAUCUUUUUUGUAGCAAGGCCUUCAUUAGACCUUGCUCCAAUAGCACUUCGGACCGACGCUCUCGGUCACGCGGGUACACAUGGAUCACAUCAACAAGACAGAGAUGAUCCUCCACCGUCGUCUAGACUAUUCCGUCUACCUUCGAAUAGCCAAAGAAAGACAGUCGUCAGCAAUCUCAACCGUCCCCAAAUAGAAUUGGACGAGUCGCAAGAGCUGGCAGCAGUAGCUGCUUUCAUAGCAGCACUACCACAGAACAUGAUUCCACGCUCGAUAGACCCAGCCAAACCUAUUGACCCCCAACUUGUACUUGACUUCGACACUCGUAGUCCACGCGCCGCAGACGAAUUAAACCAGAUUGUGCAAGACGUGUGGUCUCGAUAUCCUGUUAUGUUGUUCACCAAGGCCCACAAUGCACAUUCUAGGGAAAUAAGACGCAUCAUUGCAGUUAUGGACUUACAACCGCCUCCUAUGACUUUUGAAGUUGAUCAACGAGAGGACUCAGAAGUUUUGAUCCCUUUGUUACAUCGUCUCACAUCUUCGACCGAUCUUCCCCUCAUGCUUAUUGGGGGCAAGUCCGUUGGCUCCAUAGCUGCCAUCCGCGAGCUUAACGAGUCCGGCGAACUUCAUCGGUUGAUUACCAAUGCUGGUGCGGUCCUUGACGGCAGAAAGAAGAAGAAAGUGCACUGAGGGACAAUACUUUCCGAUCGGGCUUUUCCCAUCACUUCCGAAAACGACUUAACGACCGGCAUGACCAUCUCAGCGAUCGUAUGAUCCAAAACUUUCAUGCAAAUGUACAUACCACAUCGGAUAAUCCC